UUUCUUCGAGCGGUGUCGCUCAUGCCAAUAUUUCGUAAUGGCGUUGGUAAACGUCUGAUAUUAUUGAUGAAGUAGCGUCAAUAAUAUGCGAUGUAUUUAAAAAAUAAUGCGAUAGAAGCUGUGAAGCCGAUGGCCAGCAGGGCGUUCAGGAUGACGAUGGAAGACAUGGCUGCCAUGACAACCUUCGGGUGGUCGUCUCUGACGGCCGGCAAGAACGUCAUGACCAGGACAGAACCAGACAAGGUGAGAGCCACGGCGAUGGUGCACCAUCUGAGCCACUCAUACGGGACGGUACACAGAACCUGCAGAUUCAACACGGAAAUAAUGACAUCAUACCACCAUAUCUCAGUGGGCAGUAGCACAGUAAAUGUACUCAAGUACUGCACAUUUGAGUAUUUAGACUCAGUUCAUGAGUCAUGUUUUGUUUACAAGUGUUUGCUGUAUCACUGGUUGAAAUAAAGCAGAGGAAGGGGGAAGAGUUUGUGUUAGAAUUUAACAAAAAGAAUUUCCUUGGCAGUGAUGAGGUAUCAUGAAACAGUAUUGCAGGGUUGAUGAAACAGUGUCAUCAUUUUCAGAGGUCACUAGAUGGCGCUCUUGCUUUAGGUUUCAUUGAAUUAGAUGUUCAAGUCCAAACAUUUUACAGCAGAUGGCACCAUCUGGUGGCCUCUAAGAAUCAGGACACUGUUUCAUGAAACCUCAUAAACCCAUCACUAGCCCCUUUUACUCAUCCAUAACCUCUGAAUGAGUAUGUUGUGUAGUUAAAAAGAACAUUACAUUUUAAACUGACAGAAGCUUUACAGAAAGAAAAGAAGAUAAAAUAUUACCACUAUAAAAAAAAAACUAAUCUGACACCGACACCUCCUUUACAUCACAUUGAAAAUUGUGGCAAGAAAACCAUGUGAAUUAAGUCAGAGACCAAAACCUAACCCGGAUGCAUGUGUGAGGAUUCAGUAAUAAGGCAUGGAGUUGCAUUUCGUUCACUUACCACAGCAGGAAUGUAGAUUGAAAGGGAAUAUCCGUAGACACAAAGAAUCUCCAUGAAGGAGUACGUCACCAAGUUCAUUACUUUGCUGCUUCUCCAAACCAAAAAGCCCCAGAAGCCAAGAGGCACCAACCCAGCAUAGCUGAAGAUGGCAGUCGCAGCAAUGGUCACUAAAAAAACAAAAAAAAACCACAAGAAACAAUUGGGCAAAGAGUGAUCGAUGACAGCGGUUCAAAUGGAACUAGUGAGUCGAUGUGAACUUCACAUAAACCUACUGCACUGAAGAGCAAUUUAUUCCUGCUUGUAAUGUAACUGAGACUAAAUACAAACAAAUAAAUCUUCACUAUUCUUCAUUUCCCAUCAGUGGUUGCCACUCUGAUCUUAAAUGAAUGCAUUCAUGAGACCUCCUAUAGUCUCACAACCAUGACACUUAUUCGUCCAUCACUAUCGCUCCUCUCCACGUGGCCUCCGUAACUUGGUCUCCAAACUUCUCCACAGGACCUGUCCCUCUAGUUAAGUCAUUUCAGAUCUUCUCUCAAAACUCACUCACCUUUUUGAAACUCUGGUGUGUACUUGAAGUUUGGAUUGCCUAAGUGGACCAGAAAUGAGGACAGGUUGCCGCUUAUAGCAAUGGCGAAGACGAGCGUUGUACAAAUCCAGAAUGGUCCUAAAACAUUUUUAAAAAGUUAGAAUAAAAAAAGAUACACCUCAAUUAUCAUGAACAGAUGAAUUCAAACCGUAAAGAUCCGGAUUUUUUCGAAGGUGGACGUGGAUGAAGUUCUUCCCAGGCCAGGGCAACACUGAUCCAAGUAUUCGCUCCCGUACCUUCAGAAAGAGAACACCAGAUGUUGCAUGGGAACUUUGAAUUCACAUAAGAGCCAUAAUAUACGAAGAUAAAUGGAUUACAUGAUGAGUUUCAACGUCGAAAAGCCGUUGAUAGUACUCGAACGUCCAGAAAGGGGCGCUCUUCUUUUCACCACCCAGUAGCUUUUUGAAGAAAGAUAAGACUGUUAGUUGGAAAAAACAGUUUCUAUCAUGUGUCAAGGUGAAAUGCUGACUUCUGCCUUGUCAUCUUCUUCAUCGUAAUCUGAACCAGCAGCAGCAGCAGCAGUCUUCUGCGUCUCUGGGAAGUCAUCAUCUAUGGUAAUGGAUGUCUCUUUACUGGGCUGAGAUUGAGUGAAGUCAUCGCCAAAGUCUUAAAUAAAGAAAAAGUACUAGUUAAUAUACUUAGUAUACACAACAAUUUAUGUUACACUUGCCUUGAAAUUGAAACGGAUCGUUCGAUGUCGCCAUUUUAGAAAUAAAUUACAGGACGGGAAACGUGUAUUUAAGCUUGCAAAUCGGUCUUUAUAUGCACCUGAAAGGCAGAGAACAUAUAACCUCAAUCAUUUGUUAGUUUCAUGAAUGUUAAAGUUGACGAGCCAGAGUUACAAGUUUGAGCUAGUUAGCACGUCACCACGUAGCAACUUCAUAUAUAAAGCAUUUCUAAGCACUAUUGUCAUUAAGGAUUUUAUCGAUGAGUAAAUGGUGUUUUCAAGAAGAAAAUGGUUCAUAAUUCCAAAGUAAUUCCAAAGUAAUUUACCUCUCUAAGCUACGUUAGCAUCGCCAGGAUCCUGACACGCAGGUAAACAAAACCGGUUUCCUGUCGUACCUUCAAGGUAAGAGUCACGUUCUGUUACGACGCUCACAUAGACCUUUUACAAGUGAUUAUUAGAGUGAAAUCAUGUAUAAACAUACAUUAGAAUUAUAAAAAUGAAUGUAGAAAAUCAAAUAAAAGCGGAGUUGUGACUUAUUAAAACGUACGUAUUUGAACAGUCGGCUUUUAUUUUGAGUCUGUCGAGCAAGCCACGUCAUACGUCGGAGAAAAAUCCGGUUUCAAAAUAAAAGUGACAUUAUACGUCGACACUUUGUCGAUUUUGCCUGUCGAAUUCAUCGAGCAAUGGCAGCGUGUUUUCGAUUGGAUAAAAGAAAAUCUGAAGAUGCCUUUAGGAAGCUUGUUGCCUUCUCCAUCAUCAUGAGCAGCACUGUCAGUACAACAUCCGGGAAAGCUACAGAGACAGAGAGAGAAUCACAGUGACGUCAUAAGUGUGCGACACUCCCGAGCGUGCGCAGAAGCGGAUCCAGAGCUGACAAGGACAACUAUUUUUAAUAAUAAACCGGAGCGGAGUUUUAACUCAUAUUACUUGUCAUGAUGCAUACAGCAAAGCUGUAUAUGUAACAUCGAGAACUAUCGUGUUUAUGGAAUGUUUAAGGUAGUUUUCAGGCGAUGUUUUUGUCGAGCUCGUAGCGAAAGAGUCCCAAAAUGGACAGCAACACUGUUUAUGUCCGUGAAAAUGGAAGCCUUCGUCGCGUUAGUGACAUAGUUCUGGCACCACCGAGGCAGGUGUCGUCGUGCAGGAGGACCAACCCGUUCGUGCCCAAAAAGGAACACUUCAUAUUCACCUACAACGCAGAGGGGAGCCUGCGAUACACCACCAAGUCGCUGUUCGACAUCACGCUGCUGUUCGUGGCUGACAACAUCCAGCAUGUGGACUCUCUGGUGGGAUUCCCAGAGCAGAUAGGGGACAGGGUUUUUGCCGCAGUGGAGGAGAAUCGAGUCUUUAUGAAUCCAGACGUCUCACCAAAAGCCCUGCAGUUAUUCAACGAUGCCUAUGGAGAAAUGGUUCUGGGGUCUCUGUGCUUGAGGAACAGGUUCCCCCUUUUUCACGAGAGGAUGGAUGAGAUGAAGACCUUUCAUAAUUUGAAGUGUCUGGAUCUAUUUGGCUGCAGGCUCGGCGAUGAUCAUGAAAUAUUUCCACAUCUGUCGUCCAGCUCGCUGGCGAGCUGUCUGAAGCAGCUUUUCAUCGGCGGCAACAGUCUGUCGGACGUGGGUCUGCAGAGACUGACCGCACCCAUCCGAAUGUUGAAGAAGGGGCUGCAACAGCUUCAGUUCCUGGACGUGUCCCACAACAGCAUCUCACAGAGGGCGCUCAGAUACCUGACCUGUCUGCCGAAACUGGAAAAACUCGACGUGUCCUGCACCAGUGUGAAGCUUGGCGCAGGGCUGAAGUCCAGCAUGUGGAACCUGCUGGGUCUCGUUCACUCUGAGGAAGCCCUGGACGUCUUCGACCACUCCAGGUGUAAAACGGAAGGUUGGGCCGAGCAGGUGGUGAACCAGUGGGAAGUUAGUGGGACCCAGGUGCCGAAGCAGAAGAAACUGGAGGAGUCCCGGAUAUCUGCGCUUCGUUUCUUCGGCAGGCAGAGGUUUGUGCGAGAGGUCCUGAACGCCGCUCCGGCCGUCUGUGAGAGCACGGCCCAGACCACAGAGGAGACGCUGCACUUCUGCAAACCUGACCACGGCACAUCGGCCACACGGACCCUCCCAUCCAACCAGGAGGUGGAGCGCCGUGGGAGCGGCAAGAGGCGGCGAGAGUCAUGUGACCGCCUCAGCCCGCCCACUAAACUUUCCCCGGCUUUUACAGAGGAGGACCUGGACCUGCUGAACUGCUACUGAGAGCAGUCAGCAAAGCUGUUUGCACUAGUCAUUAUCAACCA